AAGGCUGCGCUCACCGACUCGACACCGCCAACAGGGAUGCAGCGAGGGCGCAGCGCAGCCUGAAAAUGGCACCACCACGCGUCCUGUGGAUCUAUCCAUCCCUUUUCCUCCUGUCCUCCCUGCUUCUUUUCCACGCGCUGUCGCCGUGCGGGGCCUUACGGAAUUAUCCGGAGAAUGAAGUUACGUUGCUGGACUCCAUGUCAGCUCUGGCCGACCUGGGCUGGGAAGCUUACCCUAAUGAGGGGUGGGAGGAGAUCAGUGUGAUGGAUGAGAGGAACACCCCGAUGAGGACCUACCAGGUGUGUAACGUCAUGGAGGCCAACCAGAACAACUGGCUGAGGACGCGCCACAUCAGCCGAGAAGGAGCACAGCGCGUCUAUAUAGAGAUCAAGUUCACCCUGAGGGACUGCAAUAGCCUGCCCGGGGUCCCUGGUACCUGCAAAGAGACAUUCAAUAUGUACUACUAUGAGUCCAACAAUGCCAACCUGUGGUUCAUCAAGGAAAGCCAAUACGUCAAGAUUGACACUAUUGCUGCAGAUGAGAGCUUUACACAGGUGGACGUCGGGGACCGCGUCAUGAAGCUGAACACCGAGGUCCGCGACAUCAGCAACCUGAGCAAAAAGGGUUUUUACUUGGCCUUCCAGGACCUGGGCGCCUGUAUCGCUCUGGUCUCCGUCAGGGUCUUUUACAAGAAGUGCCCCCUCACUGUGCUUAACUUGGCCCAAUUCCCCGACACAAUAACUGGCGGAGACACGGCGCUGGUGGAGGUCCACGGCAUGUGUGUGAAUGCCUCAGAGGAGUUCGAGGCUCCCAAGAUGUACUGCAGUGCAGACGGAGGCUGGCUGGUUCCCAUCGGUAGAUGUGUGUGCAAACCGGGCUUCGAGGAGAACAAGGACGUCUGCCAACCGUGCAGACCUGGUACCUACAAAGCUUCAGCCACGGAUGCCUACUGCACUAAGUGCCCUCCUCACAGCUCGUCCCCACAGGAACAAGCAGUUGAGUGUGUCUGUGAGAAAAGCUUCUACCGUGCUGAGACUGACCCACGCUCAAUGGCCUGCACACGUCCGCCAUCUGCUCCAGAGAACCCCAUCUCCACAGUGAAUGAGACCUGUGUGACCUUGGAGUGGUCACCACCCAGAGACACAGGAGGCCGGGGAGACAUCACCUACAGCCUCCACUGCAGGAAGUGCUCUGGUGAUGGCAGGAAGUGUACGCCGUGUGGUAGCAGUGUCCAUUUUGUGCCCAGACAGUUUGGUCUCUCCUCAGCCACCGUGUUGGUCACCGACUUGCAGCCAGACUCCAACUACAGCUUCACUAUCGAGAGCCAGAAUGGAGUGUCAGACUUGAGUCCAACACCCAGAGGAACAGUAGUCAUCAACGUCACCACAUCACAGACAGUGAGUGUAGUGCUGAAGGAGAGGCGGAGCAAGGACAGCGUGACUUUGGCCUGGCAGGGUCCAGAGAGGCCCAAUGGGGCGAUAGUGGAGUAUGAGGUCAUCUACUAUGAGAAGAACCAACGGGAGCAGAACUACACAGUUUUGAAGACUCGCUCCAACAUGAUGACAGUGGACGGGCUGAAGCCAGGGACCACUUAUGUGUUCAGGGUUAGGGCUCGAACCGACGGCGGCUAUGGGAGCUACGGUGGAGAGAUCGAACUGGAAACUAGCCACGAAGAUGUUUUGGCUAUUGGGGACCCUAACCAGUCCACCAUCCUGGCCGUGUCCAUCGCUGGGGGAAUUGUUCUUCUCAUCUUCCUGGUGACUUGCUUCAUUGUCAGCGGCAGGCACUGUGGAUAUAUCAAAGCCAAGCAGGACCCUGAUGAAGAGAAGAUGCAGUUCCAGCAUGGCCGAGUUAAGCUUCCAGGCAGUAGGACCUACAUCCACCCUCACACCUACGAAGACCCCAACCAGGCAGUCAGAGACUUUGCCAAAGAGAUUGAUGCUUCCAAUAUUCGCAUAGAGAGAGUCAUUGGAGCUGGAGAGUUUGGGGAGGUGUGCAGUGGUCGGCUGCGUGUGCAGGGGAAGAGGGAGAUCUACGUGGCCAUCAAGAGUCUGAAGGCGGGAUACUCUGACAAACAGAGGAGGGACUUCCUGUCUGAGGCGUCCAUCAUGGGGCAGUUUGACCAUCCGAACAUCAUCAGGCUGGAGGGUGUUGUCACAAGAUGUAAGCCAGUGAUGAUCAUAACGGAGUUCAUGGAAAACGGAUCUCUGGACACUUUCCUCAAGAAGCAUGACGGCCAGUUCACAGUGAUCCAGCUGGUCGGCAUGCUGCGCGGCAUCGCCUCAGGUAUGAAGUACCUGUCAGAUAUGAGCUACGUUCACAGAGACCUGGCGGCUCGGAACAUCCUGGUCAACAGCAACCUGGUGUGUAAGGUGUCGGACUUUGGCCUGAGUCGGGUUCUGGAGGACGACCCGGAGGCUGCCUACACUACAAGGGGAGGGAAGAUCCCCAUCAGAUGGACGGCUCCAGAGGCUAUAGCCUACAGGAAGUUCACCUCGGCCAGCGAUGUGUGGAGUUAUGGUAUCGUCAUGUGGGAGGUGAUUUCAUACGGAGAGAGACCCUACUGGGAGAUGUCCAACCAGGAUGUGAUCAAAGCAAUAGAUGAGGGCUACCGUCUCCCCGCUCCGAUGGACUGUCCUGUGGUGCUGCACCAGCUCAUGUUGGACUGCUGGGAGAAGGGCCGCAGCGACAGGCCAAAGUUUGGACAGAUUGUCACAAUCCUGGACAAGCUCAUCAGAAACCCAGCCAGCCUCAGAGAGCUGGCCAACAGCUCAGUAUGCAGGGAGGACCCGUCCACCCCAGAGUUCAGUGUGAGCACAGUGGAUGAGUGGUUGGAGGCCAUCAAGAUGGGCCAGUAUAAGGACAACUUUUCCAGUGCUGGAUAUGUCAGCUUGGACUCAAUCCUCUACAUCAGUGUCAGUGAAUUGGCUAAGAUGGGUGUGUCUCUGGCCGGCCACCAGAAGAAGAUUUUGUCCAGUGUCCAGAGCCUGCAGACCCAGGGGACGCACGUCCAAGUAUAACAGUUUCAACAUAAAAAACACAGUGAGACAGAGCCAAAAUGGAUGCUCCUGUGAAGAGUUUCACCCCCUUGAAAUGGAGCUGCAAUGGACACUCUGUGCUCCAUUGAUUUUGAGACACACUGAGAUGGAGACAACAUGGACGCUUGACUCCUUCACCUUCUCGCAGUUUUCACCAUUCUUCCCAUCCUCGAUGGGCACUACCGGCUUCAGCACUCAAGAGUCCCAGCAACACAACCACCAUUAUGGAGCAACAGAGAGACAUGUCCAACAACAAGGCCACAUGUAGAGCAUCCCAGAUCAUUUCACAUCAUAUCAGCUGAACAAAAGAAGAAGAAGAAAAAAAAAGAUUUUUAACAAAAGAAAUGACAAAAAAAACAAAUUAGAAUAUAAUUAUCAUCACUGUCUGUGAGGUGUACAGUUGGUUUUUACUGUCAUUUUGUUUAAGUUUUCACCUUGAAGAGUUUAAAAAUGGUCAGAAGAUAUGUAUAUGUGUAGAUAUAUGUUUAUAUGGGCUGUGUGUCCCACAACCGUAGAGAUGGACCUAACGUUUGUAUUGGUGGUGAGGUUUAUGUCGCUCAACCUUAAUAAGAGUUAUUACCUAGUACAUGCCCCUUCCAUUGCUCUGUGUAUACAGAAAGCCAAUGAACAAGGCAAGAUUCUGAAUGACAUGAAUGUGUGGGGUGAGGGGAACAGAAAAACUGGACCUUUGGAGAUAAAGAGGGAUGUAGAUUUCGUUUGCUCCUGUAGGAUAGAAGUAAGAUUUGUUUAAAUAGUGUAUCUGACCAGGACAAGGGCUUCCCUAGCGACUGCUCUGAGACACUCUUCCAUAGCAACUAGACCCAGUGCACGUUUGCUUGUCUGCUUGCACUUAUGAUGUAACUGAGUGCAAAGUAAAGCUCAAGUUGGAGAUAGCACAGAGAAAUUGUUACUCCACUUCCAUAACUGUCUAUUCCAAACAAUAUUGUCGGUUCAGCUGUCACAGUAUGAUGUUGUUGAGAAUACUUCAGCCUAAGAGUUUGCCUUCCCAUGUUUCAGGUGUGAUAAGAAAUUCAUAGUGUUUUGUGUAGAGCAAAGGUGAUGCAAAGGUCAUGAUAGAGUUGACACUGUUAAGAACGUGUGACUUGUUUUUCCAGUGUUGUGCCAUGUACAGUACAGUAACCUUGAAAUGAUCAUCUGGGCAACAUAACACCAUUACUCUGCUAUUCUUUUUCCUUUCAUCAGCUCCCAUGGCUGUAUGGUUACACAAGGACAGUCACAAUAAUUACAGUGUUUUGUCCAAAUAGUUUGCCUGAUGAAAAGGAGCACUGGAAUGGACCCUUUAUUCAGCAAGAUGAAAUACAUGCAGUGUUGAUUUUCAGCUGUGCCACCAAGAGAGGGUAAAUUUUACAAAGAAACAAGAUGAUUUGUGUGUCUUGUAGCCUACUGUCUCACUUUGUUGUAAUCAGUCAUGGCAACCUAUUUCAAGAAUCCCAGGUCUCAAACCAAACACCCAUAAGGUAAAUUUACAAAUCAAUGUUUACAACAAAAAGCAAAUAAAUUGGUUUGUUAGUUUUUCCACAUCAGAAGGAAAUCUGCUGCUUAUCACAUUAACUGCAAGAUUAGAUAUGAUGGGACCCUCCUUGCGUGCACUGCAUUAAUGGCACUGAACCUGCUUUUAGUGUAUUCCCAAAUCCAGUUUUAAUAUAUGUGAUACUCUAUAGGACCAACAGUGGCAUAAGGUACAGUAUAUAUGAUUGUAUCAUAGUGUAAAAUAUGUACAGUGUUGAUUUCCAGUGUUAGAAUGUUUGUAAUGAUAACGAUGAUGAUGACUAUGAUGUACUUUUAUUGUGACAAAGAGAUUUCUGAAGUACUCGUUCAGGGGCGGGUCGUACAGGAGUAAAGUGAAGGGAGGUGAUUCGUUGGUCUGAACAAAGGAAUGUAGCAUGGUGCGAAGCUUCAGCUUUGAUUGACAGGUGACAGUGACUGCAGUUUCUACCAUAGCGUUAGAAUGAGUAGAAUGUACUUCCCUAUUGAUACACUGGCUUAAUUUGUGUACACACCUUAGACAGUAAUUACAUGCACAUUUUAAGUAUGUCUCAGCAUACAGUAUAACUUUUGAAAAUACUUUUUUCCGUGAGGAAGGGAGGCAGGGCGUGAGGUUGAGAUGAGAAAAAUCCUGAGACAAAAUUUUGAUACAAAAUUGAGCAUUCAUUAAAACCCCCUCCCCCAAAACAGUAAUUGUCCAAUUGUAGCUUAGCAAUUGUACCUGGGCAUGGCAGACCUGUCAAGCUUUGCAUCUCACACGCUGAAGUGGUGUGCUUGGAGUUAUUGUAAGAGUAAGCGCUUCCAAAGAGUUUGGAGGGUAAUGUCAAACACAGGAGCAAAAGUGUGAGGCUUAAACAGCUCUAACUUAUGCUACAACUAUUAGCAUGUCUGGCUAAGAGUAUUUACAAGAUUACAGUAGUUUGUGAGGUUACAGGUGGACAAGUAACCCUACACAGCAAUACAAAAACAAUGUUGUUUCUAUGUGUCUUCUAUGUGGAUCUUCAAUCAGAAAGGAUGCUAACUUUUUACCUGGGACAUGCAACUUUAGCAUCAGUCUUUGAGCACAAUAUCACGUAUGUAGCAAUCAUGUUUAUAAAGACUCUUUUUGCUGGGUUUUGGUUUUAAAUGAGUCAUUUGGAAACAUAAAAUGAAAGCCAGAGACAGCAUUUUCAACCAAUUCAUUCAUUCAAGCUAGCUAGAGCUGAUAAAAUGUGCAAAAAUGUGUUGGCAAAGUCAGCAAGUGCCAGCAAAAACUUAAAAGAGGCUUCUUUUAUUGGUGUCCAUCUGAAAUCAAGCAGCCACUGUUCCAGAAACUAAUUUCAAUGGUAAAUCUGCUGCCAUUAUUAUUGUAAAUUCUGUAUGGGCUGUGCUAGAAUGGAAAGCUUGACAGGCCUAGCAACAGUAACUAAGGGGGUGGCAGAGUGAAAAUUUCCAGUUCUACUUAGCAGCACAAUAUGGCUUGUUACUUGUGUUUUGUUAACCCUGUUCUAUCAGAAUUUGUCAAAUAAUGGCAUGGAAAACAUGUUAAAAUACAGGUGUACAGAAACAUUGACAGCUAAAAGAACAUGAUCUAGGGAUUAAUUUCUCCUUGCCAAACCAUGUUGCUGUUUUGUCAAAUAAUCCACAGACAAAAAAUACCAUUCACAUAGUCUGAAACUGUUCAUUCUACUCUUACUAACUCUAUGAUUUCACUCUAGCGGACUACCCGUGACCGCUGGCCUUUUAGAUGCCUUAUUUACUGAGCUAUUGUUCUUUUCUGUUGCCCUAUAGAGGCAGAUAUUAAGAGUAAAGUGUAUGUACAGGUAGUAUUUAUCUGUGUUCUUAAGAUGACCUCACAUCAACACCCUGGUUUUGUAACAUCCCAGAGUCCCCUACCAACAGCACCCUCACUUUUUACGCAGAAGAGAGUCAUUUUGUUCUGAAAUAUUAGAAAUACUAUAAUAAAUCUCGAAGCUGAUCACCUGUAAAAGUUGAUGGAUGAAAUGACAAUAUGGUUCUUAUUUAUUUUAGUGAUAACAUAUUUGGUGAUGAAAACAAACCGCAAAUUAUGGAUGGGAUUGGGUUACAUUGUGAUAUUUUUGAUUCCAUAACUGGUUUAAUGUACAAAAUUCCUAGAAAAGGCUAGAACAAGAUGAAGUAUCACCCAAAAUAUAUGAGUAUAUUGUGAAAAUGUUCUCCUUUUUUUAAACAAGCUUGUUCAACAGUCCCAUUUCAGAAAAUUUUAAGAAUACAGAAGUCAUACCACACUUUGGUUUCAACUCUCAAAAACCCAGGUUUGUGCCACUAUUCACGCUAUCAAGGUUAGCUAUGUGGGUUGGUUUGCUUGAACUGAAAUAUGGCAUCUGUCCUCCAUUUCUCACCAGGUCUGUAUUGUAAAUGUUCAUGAGUGAUUCUCAUUUGAGACUUCCAGAUUCUGUCUCUUUCUCUCCUCCUCCUCCUCCUCCUCCUCUCUCUUUCUUUGGUCACCGUACAGUGCUUACUUGUCCCCAUGCCAGUUUCCUCUGCGUUGCUUGUUGUAAAGGGUGUAGGCAUUCUAAUGUCUUUCAUGUUGCUGUAAUAAAUAUGCUAAUAUUUCUAAUUUCUCA